CGCGGAGAUGUCCUUGCCUUUUGGGAAGUUGGCGACAGUAGGCCAGGGAUAUACUGUGAGAUGAUGGUUGCAUUUGUUCGUUCAAGAGACGUGACUGCCCAGCUACCCAGAGGACUGUCUUAUCGUGGCAAGAAUGCCGGGCGUACCAUCAAACAAGGCUUGCGAGCGCUGUAAGAAGCGGCAUCUCAAAUGUGAUGAGACGCGUCCACACUGCCAGCGCUGCAGCACGGCUGGCGUUCAAUGCCCUGGAUAUGUCCAGACUCGCAAGUUCAUAGAUCAAGGUGCUUCGGUAAGGCGACGAUAUGCGCCUUAUCAGGACGGCAAUUUGCGGCCGCAUGCACCCAGAGCUGCAGACGAUAUAGCUGGCGAUCCCGCGCCAGUGCACCGCAAUUUGGAUCAUCCGUCCAAUGUGUCUCUGCGGUCGGAAGUGGCUCCUGCCGAUUGGCAAUCUGACAGGAUGAACCAAGCGGAAAUGCACUCACCCAUGCACGAUCUCAGAAUCAGGUCCACGGCUGGACCUUAUCCUGCAGGUUUCGCGAACCAGGUAGCAAAUUAUGCGCCUGUAGAAACUGGACCGGCGGAUGCGGGCCUCAGUCAGUCUCGCAGUGCUUCUAGUAGGAGCAUUGGCCCUAGUCCAGUUCCGAAUGCACUCCAUGAGGGUUUCAAUCAGCUGGGCAAUGUAUACAGCGACUCCAGACAGAAGCCGCUGUCUCCGAACGCCGGGUUGGCGCAGUCUAGCCCGUCCCAGCGAAGUGAGCGAGAAGAGUUUCAGGACAUCUUUUCCGAACUUAUGACAGGAACCGAGCACGAAAUCGCUUUUCUCAUACGACAUUAUUCCGAGACCUUAGGACCAUGGCUCGAUCUUUCCGACUCCAACAAGUUCUUCGGUGCUUUUGUACCUAUCCGUGCGAUCAACGAUCCAUUCCUCAGAUUUGCCAUUGCGGCCCUCUCCGCCAAGCAUCUUGGUCGCAUGAAAGGGGCUGUUUUGCACGUCGGUAGCGGGAUGUUCACCAGCCCUGCCACGAUGGAAACGUAUCCCAAUUCGGCGCAAGUGGACUGGUUUCUCAAAGCCGCCAAUUACUACUAUCUGGCUGCUUCUCAUAUGAACGCCAGCGUCUCUGAUGCCUAUACCUCCGUGUCGAGCUCUGCGGUUCUGGAGUCACCGAUCGAGAUCGUUCGCCGGUGGCUGAACCUUCACACGAGACAACCUCGAUCCCAAACGCUCAUGGAAGAACAGGCGGCUACUGAAUUCUGGAAGAAAACCGAGAACUUGCUAGCUGCUGCAACAGUCCUCACUUUAUACAAGCUCCUGGAUGAGUCAGGAGACAACUGGCAAUCGCAGCUUAGGGGCAUCGCACCCUUAUUCGACACGAUACUCGAACUACACCAUCAAACUUCAACUCACUCCACAUUCUCCCACGGCACGGCAGCCUCUUUCUGGAACCUCGCUAGGCAGGACUAUCUUAGCUCUUAUUAUACCCGACUGCCACCACACUUCAACCACCAGAACCUGCCCCUCUGGCGAGCCAGCGGCCUUCCCAUCGAUGACCAAGGCAACGUUCUCUCCUCCGACAAUUCUCCCAUUCCACGCCUCUCUCCCGAAGACCUCUCCGCCAACAGCCUCAUCUGGCUCCUAAACAAAGUGAUCAGCUUCCUUGCCGAUUCCAAAAAGUCGCAACUAGAACAAUGGGCCGGCCAAACACCCAUUCCCUCCCCUCCAGCCGUCACUACCACAUCCUCCUCCUCCAAUUCCUCCACCACCCACCCCACAACCUCCACCUGGCUCAAACUCCAAUUCGAAUUCCAAUCCUGGCUCGAACGCAUCCCCGAGACCUUCCGCCCCUGCCUCCGCCUCCAACACCCCAAAGACCUCCCCUUCCCCGAGAUAUUCUACAGCCUGACCUCCUGCGCCGCCGCCAUGCAGCAGUACCAUUUUGGACGACUGGCGCUGGCCCUGAAUCGACCCCCGGACGCGGUCAGCGGGCCCAGCACCGCGUUCGACCGGCUCCAGGGCUACCGCGAACUGAUGAAGGAGGCGGAUUAUCGGUGCAAAGAGAUCUGCGGGAUUGCGUUGGGGAGGCCGCAGAGCGCGGCGAGGAUUUAUAUGGUGCCACUGUUGUAUGCGGUUGGGCAGUGCUUUGAGAGGGCUGAGGAGAGGGAUAUUGUGAGGGAUUUGUUGAGGGGUGUGGAGGCGGAUUUGGGGUUGGGGACCGGGGAGCAGGUCAGGAAGUUGCAGACUGCGUGGUGUCAGACGUAGGGUUAGUUUGGCGGUUGUUUAUUUGGUUGUGGGUGUUGAAGGUGGUUGGACUGGUGUUGUGUUUGUCUCUACGGGUCUUCUUUCUUGGUACUGCAGCGAUUGGCGAUUAGAAUGUCUUCUGUUUGGAGAUGGUCGAUGUUCAUGUCUAUUUAAGAAACUAUGGGCAGAACUAGAGAAGCCUGGCCAAAGACGGUAGUAUCCGGGUCAUUGAUGUUAACUGGGUAUUACUGAAGUUCAAAU